CAGCAGACAAGCUGAGAGCUCAUUCACUUAGAACAAGGAAGACGGCUCUGUGAACCACAUACGACUCAUCAUGUGCAGAGGACGCGACUCGCUGCCUAUCACCUGCCUCGAAAGGGCAAAAGAGCUGAAAGCUCUGUUUGGGAGUUUGCUACAGAAGUCAGACAGCAUCACUGGGCACUCAAAGAAAAGCGACAAACUGAGGUUUAAUGUUGAGGAGCCUCUUAAAUGGAAGGAAUCAUUUGAUAAUCUGUUGACCAGCCCAAAUGGACUGUGUCUUUUCAGAGCAUUCCUGGUGACAGAGUUCAGUGAGGAAAACGUUGCCUUUUACUUGGCAUGUGAAGACUACAAAGCAACUAAGCCUUCAAAACUAGCUAGCAAGGCAAAGAAAAUCUAUGAUGAGUUCAUCGGCUCCGACGCACCCCGUGAGGUAAAUCUCGACCAUGAAACCAAAGCGAUCACCAAAGAGAACAUGGAGCAGCCCAACCAGUCCUGUUUCAAUGUGGCCCAAUCCAAAAUCUACACCCUGAUGGAGAAAGAUUGCUACCCUCGCUUCCUCAAAUCCUCAACAUACCUGGAGCUCACCAGGAAAACCAAGACGGGCUAAAAGACUGGAAGAUAAAAAAAUGAUAAAACACUGCCCUACAAUGCGAUGACUCCUCAAAAGGACAUAAGCUGACUGACGCGCAGUGGAAACUGUCAAGUUUUGGACGGAAUAAAUACCUCAGUCCGAGGAGUUUUCGUGCCCAGUUGUGGAAUAACUUUAGAGACCGGAGAUGUCCAGAGAUUCCACAUCGGAGUGAGAGGCGGAAGUUGCGAGGCUGUGAGGAUGAACUGACCUGCAGGCAAUGUCUGCCUCUUAAGGGCAAACAUGUACUGUGCAUAAAAGACUGGAUGAAAGACAACAUGAAGGCGAUACUAAAAAAAAUUCUGAUAUGAGUUGCACAACAAAAGUACCACUAGGAGAGAUACUGCUGUGUAGCAUUAAUGCUUAUUUAUUCGUUAUUUAUUGAAAAUAAAUGUUUACGAAGCUAAAGUUUGCUGAUUAUUGAAAACUGUAUGUUUUGUAUUUAUUUGCCUAUUUUAUUUUUUACAUUGUAUUUUUUUUGAAGUAUCUGGAGUACUGUAUGGAAAAGUAAAUGCAUUGAAUAAAAAAAUCAUGAGAGAAA